CAAAAGGCGCGCCGCGCCUGCGGCGCUGCCCCUUGGCCUGGGCCUGCGAGGUGGGCAAGGAUUCAAGGGGGGCCCCAGGACUCCCGAAGGGCCGCCGGGUGGCGCGAUGAGCCAGCCGAAUUGGGUUGGGAAAUCUAUCGAGCCCGCCUCGCAUGCAGAAUCGUAUUUGUCCAUACCUUUACCGGGAAAACCGAAUGGAACGCUGUGCCGCCAGGAGUAAGGAUAAGAGGUCCACGAUGCGCAAAGCUCUCCAACUGCGAGGCGACACAGGCACCCAGGUACGUGAUGAAGGCGAUCCGGGAUGGCGACGAUGCAAAAAGAAGUGCCCGAUGCCACCCGCCGAGAUUUUUAUUUUUCAUUCGUAGCACCGAGCUCGCCGGCCAAUGUGGCGCAGUUCAUGACUGAGCGGGAAGCAGGGCCGGCGCCGGGGGCGGCGCCAGAACGAAGGACGACAAAAAUAUCUGACGGAAAAAGCUGCGCGGGGUUGCGCAUGAAGCUAGUAAGCUCUUGGGGCGCGCCGUGCCUGCAGAGCGCGCGCGGGCGGCGGUGCCUAGGCGCGUGGGCUUUUUGCUCAUUGCGUGGGCCGCGCUGCGUCGGCGGCCGGCGGGCCGGAAC